AUGCUAUGUUAUUAUGAAGAACGCAAGUUAUUUGUCGUAUUUCAGUUAAUGUACGGAACUAUAUGUGAGAUUUCCGGACCCAGUGCUUUUAAUGGGCUAUCGCAGCUAUCGAAGUUAAUUCAAGGUAUUCUGGACAAAACAAUCCGGAAUACGAAUGAGCGUGAUAAUGCCAAGCGAGAUAUUGCAACGAUUGUUUCGAACUGUCUGCCCGUCUAUCUAUCCGGAUCGAACAGCGAUGUCUAUCCUCUCAGUGCACUGGUGUCCGAUCUUUGUUCACUCGCGCUACUUGAAGUAGAAGAAAAUGGGAAGAAACUGAAUAAAAGCCAGACAUUUCGGAAAACAUGCAGUUUUGAGUUAACGAUAAGUACUCUGCACAGGUUAUGUGAAAAACGACUUUUGCACUGCUGUUCCGAUUUCCUUCCGUUUGUCUCCGAUAUUCUCACUAAACCUUUUCUUCAUUCACAAUCUUGGAUGGAGGACGAAGUCACAAAUAUUUUGAUCAAGUUUGUAACUCUUUCCAUAUCCACGAUUCCACAGGAGCAGAUACGCAGGUUGUGGUCAGUCGUAUGGAGUCGUUUCUCCCAUGUCAUUGGCAACAGUGGAAAAUCUUCUGGAAAUUAUCUGCGUGUUACUGUUGCUAUACUUGGGCACAUUCAUAGGACCGAUAUGACACUGGGCGAGUACGGGGAAAAGCUAAUUUCUGACUUGAUUGAUAACUUCUUCGCUGCGCUACGCAGAACGGAUAUGAAAAAGUGGAGAAUGCAGAUUGAAUAUGGUCUCCAGUUACUGGUGCUACUUAUAGACGACUGGGGCAUAGAAUUCAGAGAGAAACUUCUUGACCAUUGUUUACCACUGGCUUCUUCGUUAGUGCAUGAUCUCGACUUUUCUGCUGCUUCAUCCAUUAGCUUGAAUAGUACCUGGCCAUUCUUUGAUCGUCUGUUUCACCUAGCUGUACCCGACUGCAAACCAAGUUGUCUCGUACGAAGUGAAACGUAUUAUCUUGCGCAAUCCGCUUGUGAAGUCAUCGUAAAUUCUCUAUCUUCAAUAUCAUCGAACCGUUCUGACUAUGAACUCCAAAACGAAUAUGUGCCGCUGUUAGCUAGGCUCGUAAUCAUAGCUGAUACCAAUCACUCGAAUGAAUUGGAUCAUAGCGUUAUUGCGUACACUCGAAAUAUCAAACGUCGAAAAACGCAGAAAUUCCUAGAUGUCAUUAGUGAUUGGAGUUCUGUCGAGAAUACUGAGUAUAACGAGCAUCGUCACCUCGUUGUGUCGUGGCUAUUCGUUGGAUAUGAAAUAGCGUCGCGAUGGAGUCAUCGCAUUGAAAGCGAUUGUUUAACCUCUAUGGCAAUGAAACUUUGGGCUGGAAGAGACCGUAUUAAAGUAGAUUGGCAGUUUGGGCCGUACUGCCGACUAUUAAACAUCCUUCUUAGGAAAGGCGCGUUAGACACCUUAUGUAACGAAGAGUUAGAGACGGUGAGAAGUUUAUGGAAGUUCGCGCUAUCUUCAGCUCACGCUCGUUUUAGUUUCGAAUCAGCAUCAUCACUGAUGAUAUCAUUAUUGAAGAGAUUUCCUUCGGUAAUUGGCGAUGAGAGUGACAUAACUGAUGUGAUUUGUGAUAUUUUCUCACGAUGGUCGACGCCUCAUGGUCCGGUUUUGUACGAUCUAGUUGCUACUCUUCUCACUGAGUUUGAAUUCGAUGAAUUCGCGCCUUUCCCUGGAGUUACGGAUAAGAAGAAAGGAUUGAAGGAAUGGAGGUUCCGUUGUCAAAUUGCUGAAUGGCUCAUAACGUAUGUUGAACCGCAGUGCAGCUUGGAGGAACUACUGCUUCUCCUUUGCGGUUUUCAUCCGUGUAGAACUUCGGCGGUUUCUUCAGUGCCAGUUUCGAAAGUCCAAAUCGAGCGUGAUUUGAUAUCGUUUGGACUAUGCGAGAAACGCAUCCUCCCUUCUGAUGACAGGCCAACCAUACCAUUUGUUGUCAUUCCUGAAAUGGUUGAUUAUAUAAGCGGCGUAAUUAAACAGUUCUGGAUCGAUCGCGAGUUGAAAGAUGAGGUACGGAUUUCUUUGUGGUGCUCAUAUAUGAACUUUUUAUGCAAACUUGGGAGUGAAUUCUAUGCCAAAAAUACCAUUUUGUUAAAUGCAAUGAAUCAUUGGAUGAGUACGUUCGCUCUCGAAGCGAAAGCAGAUAUCCUCUCACAGAUUCGUGCGCAGGAAUUGUCUUCUGAGUUGGUUCCACUAGACCUUCUUACGGUAUUGGCAACUCGUUUGGACGACUGUCCAUCUCUCGCAGUGCAUCUGCUGAUACAUGAAGUGCAGCUUCAAAUAUCCUCUAGGAAUAUUUACCUCGACAAAACGGAUAGCUCAAAAGUGCGUUGUGCUGCAAACCGUCUUCUGGAGGAGUUCACUAGAGAUGUCGAUACCGUUCCAGAUCUACUCUUGCUGCUUGAUGAGUGUGGCGAUAUCAUGGAAUCUAGAUCAAGAAUCGCGAUUGCCUACAAAGUGUUAGACCUUAUUGAUGACGACGUAACUACAAACGAGUACGAUGUUGCACAGGCCUGCAUCUAUCGUAAAUUGUUAACAACAUAUGUUAUGAGAGCGUCGAAGCCAGGUGGUUGCCCUUCCAUAGAUCUUAAGGCCGUUAGUGCCCAAUGUGUGGUACGCUACAUAGAUUCUCUUCCGUCAUCAGUUGUGAAUUGGGAAUUUGUUUCAAAUUUGUUGGAUCGUAUAGGAAGUAAUGUUAUUUUUACUUUGAAACUUGUGAAUCGAUUGCUGUCGGAUCCCACAAAAUUCCAUGUUCACCCGCGAAUUCUCAGCGCUGUAUUGAAGAACCCCAAAGUUCUUCAGGCAUGUGAGCAAUUCAUUCCUAAUUUCGCACUUAUAUUGGACUGUCACUAUAACUCCCUCAUGUUAGCAGAUUCCAGUCAUCAGCAGCUGCCAUAUUUAGAUGUAACAUCACCUCUUCGAAACGAUUUUCUCGUUCAAUGUCUUGGAAAUGGCAACAUUCACCUUAUUAAAACCGGUGCUUUUCCCGCAGCAUUUUUUAUCAACCUCGACGUUUGCGAUAGACAUGCACAACUUUUGAUCACCAACUUUUGGCGUUCUUUUAUGGAUGAUCCACACGAAAUAUUGACUUCACUAUGGAAAGCGGUGUGCAUGAGCAUCAACUGUAACGCUCAUUUACUUCUCUUGCACAAUUUGUUGAUUACUGCUCGCUCGCCUCAAAGAAAGACCUUAUCUACUUGCAUGCAAAAAGGAUUCGAUCUCGCCAUUUACUCCAUUUUUUCGACAAUGAUUCGUGCUGCAAAGAUCAGGCAUCCAGACCUGGUUUGCUACAUUUAUAACCAAAUCAGCGCCUCAAAAUGCUUGUCAUCGGAGGAUAUCUUAUUUUUAUCUUGUGCCGGAGACAAUAGUGAUUUAGAAGAUCGUGAACAGAUAAGCAAGAUUGUCAAUUCGGCUGUAGAUAUUUUCAUUGAAUGUGGCUAUGCGAAGCAGCACAUAAGUGCCGAAGACAUUUCACAAUUGCCAUGUUAUCUGUUUCGAGAUCUUGUGAUAAUGCUGAGGUCAAGUAUGUCAGGGGCCGACACACUGUUCCUGGCCGUUAACGAAUGCUUUUGUUAUGUGCCGAAACUCUGUCAAGUUCUUGCGCCAUAUAUACCUCAGUUGGACAUUUCUAACUACGAAUCAGUUGUGGUUGUAUUGUCACGAUACGCUUCUCUCGUCGCUGAAACAGAUCUUGACGCUACUAUGCAGUCUACUCGUCGAAUGGCACGUUGCAUAGCCGAAUGUGUUGAUAGUUUCGGACUAGAACGCCUUUCAAGCGUGAAGUUAGGAAACCUAGUGUGUCCUGACGGAUUGUGUGCUCUCGCCAAGUGCUGUAUUUUGGCGGAUCUCCCUCAUUACGCUUUUGCGGUGGCUAAUAUGUUUUAUGACAUUGGAAUAAAUUACUCUGGGAGCUGCCGGAGGGUGAAGUACGCGUUGGCGAUUCGCAACAUGAAAUGGGAUGAAAUUAGCUAUCCAAAAAAACUUGAUUCUCACGAAGAACGUUUGUUCUCUGCGCUUUAUCUUACUGGUCGUUGUGAGAGAUCUGCGAAUAAAAUUCUUGACUUUAUACAAAAAACAGAAUGCGAGAACAUGAGGAAAGAUGAUCUUCCUAAACUGGUAUCUCUCGAACAUCUUCGUGAUCUUGCGGUUAUUCGCAUGAGUAGCGCUUUGUCUAACAAUGAGAUUAUGGCGAUGGGGGAUAGUCGUCUCUUUCUAUUGGUUGCUGCCAAGUUACGUUUAACUGAUAGGUUAGACUCUUCAGCAGCUGUGUUUGGUCAGGAUCUGCUCAUCUCGACGGUAAUGACAAGGCUUAGUAACCUGAAGGCUUUUGUGCCAUGCUUUGCGAUAUUAGAAAAGUGCGCCGGGAACUAUUCUGUGCUUGAGAAGUGUCGAGUUCACAUGCUUAAAGGCGAUUACAGCACUGCUGAGCAUCUCAUUCGAGAUCUUUUGGAUUCAUCGUGA